UCUUUUCCUCCAGCCAUACCUGAGUACAAUAAUAGAUUUGGCUGGAACCUGCAGCCUGAUUAAAUAAAUAGUAUUGUGUCUCUGCCUUUCUCGGACUGCUCCGCCAGUGGCGUCCGUCUCUAUCCCGUUGCCGUUCGAGCGAGCGCAUCUUUAACGUAACUCGACGUUUUUCCAUUCAGUCCGCGCGCGAGCGAGUAUAGCUCAGCUGAGCGUAUGUGUCGUGUGAGGUAUUGUUCAUUGAAAAGAAAAAAUCUGAUCCUCCUGUACUCUCAAAAGUACUAAAAGUACUAAGGAAGACUGCGCAUCUUGCUUCACGAUAAUCUUGUCGCGAUUGUACAGGCAAUAAAGCAGGUAUGGAAGGCCAACAGUUCUGUUUGCGGUGGCAUAAUUUCCAAAAUACACUUUUGAGCUCUCUCCCAAAGUUGCUUGACGGUGGUCAUCUAACAGAUGUCACAUUGAGCGCUGGUGGUAGACAUAUUCAUGCUCACAGAAUCAUAUUAUCUGCUUGUAGUUAUUAUUUUAAAGAACUGUUUAAGGACUUAAGCUCUUUACAACAUCCUGUUAUUGUGUUACCAGGCAUGGAAUAUGCAAAUUUGUGUGCUCUAGUCACAUUUAUGUAUAAUGGAGAGGUGAAUAUUUACCAGGAACAAUUGCCUGCACUUUUAGCUAUGGCUGAUACAUUGCACAUUCGUGGAUUAGCUGAUAUAGCUGGGAAAAACGCGAGACACGACAACGGCUUGCACGUACAGCCACCGGUGGCGACACAGCCUCAAGAGAAAGUCUUGCCCAACGAGAUGCUAAUAAAGAAGGAGUCGAAGGAUAACAAUAUCGCGAGUGCCGAAUCGUCGGCGGAAUUGGUGUCCGCGCCGUUGCUACCGGAAGCAAUGGAUAAUUUAGACGAGGAGUCGAGCAACGAACGCGAGAGUAUACCGUAUUGCGUGAAGACAAAACCCUAUUACUCUAUAAACGCGAAGCUAAAUCAAAGAGAAAAGGUACCUGCCGUUCCUGUUAACGCGUCGGCCGCGAAUAAGUAUAUCGAUAAAACGUACUCUGAGAGCGGAAUGGACGAAACAGCCGCGCCGCUGCCGAUAGAGGAUCGCUCGAUUACGCCCGUGAUAGAGGAUGUGAGACCACCACCACCACCACCGGCGGUGUGGGACGCGAAUUUCAAGUUUCUCGCGGCAUCCGCGCCUAGCAGGACCACCCCUCAGACUUAUAAUAAGUCCAGUGUCACCUGUCUUAUUUGUGGCAAACAGUUAAGCAAUCAGUACAAUCUGCGGGUACACAUGGAGACUCACAGCAACAGCUCGUAUAGUUGCGCGGCGUGUUCGCACGUGUCGCGAUCCCGAGACGCUCUCAGGAAGCACGUGUCAUACAGGCAUCCGGUGACUCCUCCGCAGAAACGUACACGUUACAGUACAUCGAAGCCAUAGAAAUUUCUACCUGUGUUACGAUAGACACUUUUUAACCCCUCGCUAGGAUCUCUGGAUCGAAAAUUUAUCAAUUUUGCGUGAUCACCCAAUUAUGGUUCGGGGUGAGAGACAGUGAAUGAGUGUGAGUGAAUGAGAAAGAGAGAGAAAAAAGCAAAAUAUUUUAUUAAAUAUAUUGAAUAAACGUAUAGAGACACGCGCACACACACACACACACACACACACACACACACACACACACAGAGACACACACACACACGUGUGUUAUAUAUAUAAAAAUUAUUGAACUAGAGACUAGACUAAUGAGAAAGAGCUCAUGGUACCUCAAUUAUUUCUGUAAGAGACACUCAGCACCGGACUGAUUAAUAAUAAGACAAUUAAUAACAUCUUACUCUUUGUUAAGUGUACAAAUAGUAAAGUAAAAAAAGCGUGACAUGUUCCUGAAGACCCUUAGUGUUCGAAUUGUUAUCGUUUUCUUGUUAUUGUUACACCGUUUUAAUAAAGAUGUAUUAGAUAACGAAACUAGUGUGAUUCGUAGCGUCGGAUGCGAUAUAACCCGCGUUUAUUUCAAUAAGAAAGAACGAUUUAUAUAAAUACAUAGGGUGUGGCUUAUUCUAUAUUAGUGAAAGUAAUACAAAACGUGUAAAAGAUUGCAAUAUAAUUUUUUAAUCAUAUAUCAAGGAUCGUAUUAAAAAAUAAUAUACAAUAUCCAUAUAGACUACGAAAUAAAUAAAAUGCUUCCAAAGUUUGCAGUUUCCUUAAUAGUGAUAAUAAAUUCUUCAAAAAGUUAAUUAUAUCUUUUGUAUACGCCACAUUUUAGUGUUGCAGUCCUGGCCGACUGAGAUUAGCGUUUCCUCGUCCAGCCAGACUAAACGCGUUAUUUGGCUCUGCGGAUGCGCAUCUAAAACGUGAAGUUUCGUCUAUUAAUUACGGUCCGUUGUUACGGUAUGUCGAAGACAGAUUCGUUAGCUUUGCUUACUUUUGAUGAUGGUGUGUUUUGCCGGAUUCGUCACGCUCCAGAUGAUAAUGGUCGUGUCGAGGCUGCCGCUUGCAACCAUGUCAGAGUUUGGAGACCAUGCGACAGAGUUCACUCUCGCGUUAUGGAAACCCCAUUCUCUAUUAUGUGCAAGCUGCAAAAUUUCAAAUUUAAAUCUUAAAUCCGUAUUUUACACACACACGUACGUAAUUAUAUUCAUACAAUAUACAUGUAUCUAGUUUGAGUUUUACUUACCCUCUGAUAAUCCAAUUAGCAGAUAACAAGCCAUUAAUAACAAUUUAUUAAAAUAGGAAGCAUAGACGAUUUGAUUUGUGCAUUGCUCAACGUUAUUAGUGCAUCAAAUAUAAAUUAUGUAUACAAAUAGUUAUUAAAUAAUAGUGAGUCACAAAUGUGAUUCACAAAUGUAUUCAUUUAUUAAAAAAAAUUUAUUAUUAUUGUUACUGUA